GUAAUCCAUAGAGAGUAGGUGCCGGGAGUCCUUUGUCGGGGUGGUAUUGGGGAGUAGUAGUAGCCUCCCCCAGGCGUGCCCUGGACCCAGCAGAGGGUCUCUAUCAGCCGGGAGUGUCCCUGUGAGGGCUGCUUUGCUCAGGGGUUUGUUGGGAAUUUGAAUGGCAGAGUAGGGAAGGAGAGGGAGCUUGCUCUUUAGGAACCUUAGUAGAACUGUCAGCGGGGAAUCAUGAAGGGCAGCAAACAUGAUUUUCCUGAUGACACCGAGAUCAUCUCUGGAGGACUGGCUGGGUUCUAAGCAGAUGACAAGUGACUCUCUUCUAACAAAGAGGGAAAGAAAUAGAGAGAGGCACAAAUCACCCCGGAAUAAAGAUGGCAGAGGGUCAGAAAAAUCUGUCACCAUUCAAGCUCCCACCGGAGAGCCCUUGUUGGCAAAUGAUUCUACUCGGACGGAGGAAGCUCAGGAUGACAACUGGGGGGAGACCACCACGGCCAUCACAGGCACUUCGGAGCAUAGCAUCUCGCAGGAGGACAUCGCCCGCAUCACCAAGGACAUGGAGGACAGCGUGGGGCUGGACUGCAGACGCUACCUGGGCCUCACCGUUGCCACGGUGCUCGGACUCCUGGUCUUCCUCACCCCCAUUGCCUUCAUCCUGCUGCCCCCCAUCCUGUGGCGGGAGGAGCUGGAGCCUUGUGGCACCAUCUGCGAGGGACUCUUCAUCUCCAUGGCAUUCAAGCUCCUGAUUCUGCUCAUUGGGACCUGGGCUCUGUUUUUCCGCAAGCAGAGAGCCGACGUGCCGCGGAUCUUCGUGUUCCGUGCACUCUUGUUGGUCCUCAUCUUUCUCUUCGUGGUCUCCUAUUGGCUUUUUUACGGGGUCCGCAUUUUGGACUCUCGGGACCGAAAUUACCAGGGCAUCGUGCAAUACGCCGUCUCCCUCGUGGACGCCCUCCUCUUCAUCCACUACCUGGCCGUUGUCCUGCUGGAGCUCAGACAGCUGCAGCCCAUGUUCACGCUGCAGGUGGUCCGCUCCACUGAUGGCGAGUCCCGCUUCUACAGCUUUGGACACCUGAGUAUCCAGCGAGCAGCAUUGGUGGUUCUGGAAAAUUACUAUAAAGAUUUCACCAUCUAUAACCCCAACCUCCUAACAGCCUCCAAAUUCCGAGCAGCCAAGCACAUGGCCGGGCUGAAAGUCUACAACGUAGAUGGCCCCAGUAAUAACGCCACUGGUCAGUCCCGGGCAAUGAUCGCCGCAGCUGCUCGGCGCAGGGACUCGAGCCACAACGAGUUGUAUUAUGAGGAGGCGGAACAUGAACGGCGGGUGAAGAAGCGGAGAGCAAGGCUGGUGGUUGCAGUGGAGGAGGCCUUCAUCCACAUCCAGCGUCUCCAGGCUGAGGAGCAGCAGAAAGCCCCAGGGGAGGUGAUGGACCCCAGGGAGGCCGCCCAGGCCAUCUUCCCCUCCAUGGCCCGGGCUCUGCAGAAGUACCUGCGCACCACCCGGCAGCAGCACUACCACAGCAUGGAGAGCAUCCUGCAGCACCUGGCCUUCUGCAUCACCAACAGCAUGACCCCAAAGGCCUUCCUCGAGCGGUACCUCAGCACGGGUCCCACGCUGCAGUACGACCGGGAGCGCUGGCUCGCCAUGCAGUGGCGGCUCGUCAGUGAUGAGGCCGUGACCAGCGGGCUGCGGGAUGGACUCGUUUUUGUCCUCAAAUGCUUGGACUUCAGCCUCGUAGUCAAUGUGAAGAAAAUUCCAUUCAUCAUGCUCUCGGAAGAGUUCAUAGACCCCAAGUCUCACAAAUUUGUCCUUCGCUUACAGUCUGAGACGUCAGUUUAAAAGUUCUAUAUUUGUGGCUUUAUUAAAAAAAAAAAAGAAUAUAUAGAGAGAUAUAUAUGUAUACCAGAGGGGCAUCUUUGUUUUUAUUAUUCUUCAUUGCUGACUGAACUGGCAGAUGAGAGACCAGGGUCCUUUGACCAUCUGCACUUUAUUUGGAAGGAAGCAGAAGAUGUCCGUCCUGGAAAAAAGUGACUGAUGACAUCUGACUUGGGGAUGGGACGUCUCUCGAGAAGCCGUUCCCUGGCGUUUCUGUGACAGCUGCAAACCAAAGCGGAGCUGGAGGUUCUUGGGAACCUCGCCUUACGACUCGUCCCUGCCUUUCGUCCAGCACCCAGCCCUGCCCUGGCUUCUGGCCAUCCCACUCGUGGGCCUCUGGGGACACGUCUUUGUCCUGUUUCAGGGAACCAGACGGGACAUGUCCACACGUGUUUGUAUAUGUAAACAUCCGGCACCACGGGAGCCAGGGGCCGUUCACGAAAUGCCUGCCUUCGUCUUUGUUCUCUGUUGCCUUAGGUUCUGCAGAGAAAGGUCACAACGACAAACGUGCACUGUCAGUUUACAGCUCUUAAUGAUUUUAUUUUUUUCCCCAAAGAGAGAAUCUACCUGCCCUGGUUUUGACCUGCUUGCCUACCAGCUUGAGCAGGUAGCUCUUUCCUAACCCAGUGAUGGCCUACCUGACCCCGCUCCAUCCCACCCCCACCCUCCCAAAACACACCACACCCUACCUGGCUGGCAGCCCCGGCCAGGGAGCCCAGCUUUCAGAGCCGCCCAGGACCUGGCUCUUCACGUGUGCCCUCGGGCUCCAUGCACAGCCUCAGGUCCGCCCCACGGAUUGUUUGUUUACGUAGGGAAGGGUGAAGUACCCCCCAGGUAGGUCCCAGGGAGGGCAUGCCAGCCAGCUAGGAUGUCCCAUUCAGGCUGCGGCAGGAGCCCCUCCCCGCCACUGCUCCGCACCCACCAGGGGGAGACCCACGCUGUGACUCAGGGACUGGCAAGUUCAGCUCAGAGCCUCCAUUUCCCUGGAGGUACGUCCUCACAAAGCUCCAUAGCAAGCUGUCUUGCCAAGGGACAGCUGCGGCGUCCAGCCCCUGACUCUGACCACCGUCACUGUGCGCUCAUCACCUCCGCCCCUUACUACCCGUGCAGGGGCUCCUUUAGGCCCUGGUGCUAAAUCACUCGUAGUUGGCAGUUAAGUGAGGAGAGGGAAUGGGCAAGCUGCAGCAUCUGGGGAAAGGAAAGUAGGGAGCCGAGCUUGUGAUCCAGAAUGAUGCCAGCCUGGUCUGUU